AUGAGCUACCCGAUGUACCCUCCUGGCCCGCAGAGUGGCUUCGUGGACCCUGCCGGCUACCCCAUCAACCCUUCUUAUGGGGACUAUCCACCCCUAGCGUACGGCUAUGGCGCCCCGAGCUACCCUCCGCCUCCUGGCUGCAUGGGUUCGGGCUACUGCUCCAUGGACCAGUACAGCGCAGGCCCUCCUGCUGGCGCCUAUCCUGCUCAACCACGCGGGACGCCUUCGCUGUACGGUGACCACCACCCGGAAGAACUCUACAACCACGGCCAGCAAUACGGGAUGACGCGUGGUGAGGUGGACGAGGCGCUCAAGCAGUACCAGGAACUGAGCGAGAAGCAGCAGCGCGGCGAGACGGGCGAGACGACGGACCGUGGCAUGCUGGGCGACAUGAUCCUCAACUUCCGCUUGCCCAGCAUCAUGGAGUUCCUCACCCUGAUGGGCUCCAACAGAAUGCACUACGUGCCGGUCGCGCCGGGGCCAGCGCCGCCGAUGUACCCCCCGCCUCCAGUGUACAGUCCCUAUGGCUACCCCGUCUACCCAGGGGCCAAGUACAAGGCCAAGGAAGACCCGUCCAGCGCAACGGAGCAGAGCUGA